CUACGUGACUUUACCGAAAGAACCAAGAAUAUGAAUCCCUGCAUUCACGAAAGCUUUAAAUCUAAAUACAAUGCAUCAGUGGAUCCAGUGCUGCAGCGCGCCGGCUUGAUCAAUCCAAUGUAAUCGAUUAUCACGUUAUUUAUUCGAUUUAAUCGGCUAGAAGUGCCGCGCGGAGCCGACUUUGAGAGAUGGACUUUUUUAUUUUUUUAACUCAAAUAAUCAUCAAUUAAUAAUUUUAUUCCGUUAAUCGAUAUCAAUGACGGAGGUUAUCGCGUCCGACGUAUCCAUCCUCGGCGGCGCGUGACGUCGUCGUCGUCCUCGCCGAGGCGGAUGACUUCACGCCACUCGGCGCGCGCGACGUCACUGCCGAAACGAAUGACGUCACGCCACUCGGCAGAGACACAAGGCUGUAGGCGGUUUCCAGGCGACGGCGGUCAAAAUUUGCCUUAAAAAAAAUAACAACCCCCCCCCCCCCUAAAAAAAAAAGUUUUCCCGCGGUGCCACUUAAACCUCGCGCGGACGACUCCGCUGCUUAGGCGAUCUCCACGUGAACGCGGGCAUCGUCCGAGGUUUACCGCCGAUGAGUUUCGCGCGAGAGCCGCAGCCGCCGGUUUGAGUAGCCGGGCUCUGGGUGCUAAUGAGGGGGCUAGGCUAGGGCCUGGUCCGUUAAGUUUGUGAGCGAAGGCCUAAGUUGUAAUGAAUGGUUUUGAGUUUGUGUUGCCAUUACAGUCGUUAAAGUGCUUCGUUUGCUAUUGCUUUUGCGGCUUUGUUUUAACGUGCGUCGUGUCAAUGUUCAGCCGCGUGCCGCUUUGAUGUUGUCGUGGGGUGUUUAAAGUGUACGGCGCAACGAUGCAUGCAAUCGGAGAGUGUGACACUGUCCUGUACUUCUAUGCGCUUACUAAACUGCUGUGCUCUCAGCGACUUUACCAACCCGCACUGACAAAGGCAAUGACUCCUAAUGCUACACAUGCGCAUGUGUUAGUUGUAAACGGAUUACUUAAAUUGUGUACCGGACCCGUCAUGGCAAUGUGGAAUUGACACCACUGGGUUCGGGCGGCUGACGGGGAUGAGUUUCUAUCGGCGCUUGUUUGAACUGGGAGACGUCAUACGAGCGUGUAGUUUGCCGUAUGUGGUGUGUUAUCCUCGGCAUUAUAACGUGGAAUGACCUGUGGACAUAAGCACCGGAUUGCGAUCACCUGUUGACACCACGGCACCAUUUACACCAAACACUACUCGCCAAACAAAGCGUUCAACAGUCAUCAAAGACACCUUAACAUUCACACUUAAACACUCACCUGACGACACUUGGCCUAACAUUUAGCAGUCAUCAGUCACAUAACCACCGCUAGCCAGACACCACUUCGACACCUGAAACUCAAACUCGACAGACGCCGACACUCAUCUGGCACUUGAUACCGGUCACUCACGUAAUUCGUUUAUGUAACCCCCUGUAACCACUAGAGGCACGACAAUGCCCUCCAAAUCACGACAUUAAAUUGUGAGAACAUUGCAUUGGGUAGCAAUCACAGUAGGCUUAAUCGUGCACUUAAGUGCUGCCUAUUUUCGUCUCGUGUUCUUACCACUACGGGUGCUAUAUAUAUAUCGUAUAUGUACAUUGCUUUAGUACAUACCAAUCAAUUAUGUGUGCCAUUUAGCGCCCAUUAACUCGACGAAUAACGCCAUGCUUUUAGAAACAUACGCUGUCCAGUAAACCAUGUAUGGUUGCAUAGAUAUUUAAGCUGUGAAGACUGGUUGGAAUAGGAACAAUUGGAAAGCAGCAUUGUUUUGAUACACUGUAGUAUGAAUAAUUUGAGCAUUUUCUAGGGUAUGUAAAGGCAUGCCGUAUGGUUAGGGGCACACCGCAUUUGAAGGAAAUUGCAGCCAUAACCACAAAUAGCGUAUAUCUUGUAGAUACACGACUUACCUUUUGUCCCAGGCCGUCUGUAAUCCGUUUUAAGCUUGAUGAGAAAGUUAUGGUCAAGUGAAUCGGCACAUUUGUCACUUCACUCACGCGUUUCCAUUCUCAAUGAAAUCAGUUUCACUAGAGUUGCUAUGAUGGUUUAUCUGACGGAAAGUUUAAAGUAAAGUGCAUUUUCUAAAAAGAGAAGUUUAAAACAUGUCAUGCAGCUCAAGACAUACAGCUUAGUUGCAUAGCUACAAUUAGAUUUUUUGUUGUUGCAUCCUCCUUUAAGUGUGUAUUUUCAACCUAGUUCUUCCUGGAAAUGUUCCCACUGAGGGUCUCCCUGGUCCUCUGUCCACUCGUAUCUGUCCUGGGCCAUCCCCAUCCACUCCACUGUCUUUCAGAUCCUGGUUCACCACUUCGAACCACUGUUUUUCUAGGCCUGCCUUUCGGUCUUUGCCAUGUGUUUUUCCCAUAUUCCAUUGUCAACCUAGUUCUGAGGUCAUGCAAAUCAAUGAGAGAUAAACUGUGCACAUCGACUUGUUAACAGGAGUCGCCUGCUUCCAAUUAUCCCAACUGCUUUUUGUGUUUCGUUUGUUGUUUCUUCCCCGCAGCUCCGAAUAGCACUGUUGGCUACGUACGGUGCGAAAGAAGUUCAGCAACAACUUGCCCCAACAGGAUUCAUAAUGGUGGCCGGGGGCUACUGGGAGGCGGGCGGGCUGGCUGUGCUGGUGGCCGCCUGCUAUUACAACAGCCUGCAGUGCGGCUUUGUGUUCGACGACAUCUCGGCAAUCCGCGACAACAAAGAUCUCCGGCCGUCUACUCCGCUCGUCAACCUCCUGCGCAAUGACUUCUGGGGCACGCCCAUGGCGGAGGAGAAGAGCCACAAGUCUUACCGGCCGCUCACCGUGUUCACCUUCCGCCUGAACUACCUGGUGAGCGGCCUGGAUCCCGCAAGCUACCACGCAGUGAACGGCGUGCUGCACUGGCUCGUGUGCGUGCUGUACCUGCGCGCAUGCCGCCUGCUGCUGAGUCCCGGUGCCAGCCGUGUCGCCGCAGCCCUGUUCGCCUUGCACCCGGUGCACACCGAGGCCGUGACAGGUGUAGUGGGAAGAGCUGAGCUCCUGUCUUCCAUAUUCUUCCUGUCCGCCUUCCUGACCUACACCAAGUCCAAGGGACCCAAAAAUUCCAUUGUGUGGUGGCCAAUCACACUGACGGUUCUCCUCGUGGCGCUCGCCACUCUCUGCAAGGAGCAGGGUCUCACCGUCAUCGGCGUCUGCUGCGUCUAUGAGGUCUUCGUCGCUCAAGGCUUGACGCUGCGCGAUGUGCUGAGUGCAGCACGCGCAGUUGUGGUGAGCGAGAAGGGAGGCGGCACUGGGCUGCCCCCGUGGGUGCGCACCACCGCUGCCAAACUGCUGGUCCUUGUGUCCAGCACACUGCUUCUACUGCUGCUGCGAGUGCAGGUCAUCCAGUCGCAGUUGCCUGUCUUCACCAAGUUCGACAACCCGGCAGCCGUGAGCGGCUGGCCUGCACGCCAGCUCACCUACAACUACCUGCUGCCGCUCAACGCGUGGCUGCUGCUGUGUCCCGCUGCGCUCUGCUGCGACUGGACCAUGGGCACGGUGCCGCUGCUGGUGACGCUUGCCGACCCCCGCAACAUGGCCACGCUGGCGAUGUACGCCGCGCUCGGCUGCCUGGCUCAACGCGCCCUCACUGGUGACCGGGCGCUCGCCAUGGCUCUGUCUCUGCUGGUGCUGCCUUUCAUCCCAGCCUGCAACCUCUUCUUCCCCGUGGGGUUUGUCGUGGCAGAGCGUGUUCUGUAUGUGCCCAGCAUGGGCUUCUGCAUGGUCGUGGCCAUGGGAUGGUACAGGCUGUCUCACCUCAGGGCCGUGCGCGUGCUGACGUGGGCUGGCCUGGUCCUCCUGCUGGCAACGCACGCCGUCAAGACCGUGCACCGCAACGGCGACUGGGAGACGGAGUACACGCUUUUCACGUCGGCGCUCAAGGUGAACAAAAACAACGCUAAGCUGUGGAACAACGUGGGCCACUCGCUGGAGAAUCAGAUGAACUACACGGGGGCACUGAACUACUUCCUUCAGGCGGCACGCGUCCAGCCCGAUGACGUCGGUGCGCACAUGAACGUGGGCCGCACUUUCAAGAAUCUGAAUCGCACGCGGGAGGCCGAGGACGCCUACACACAGGCCAAGGCGCUCAUGCCGCAGGUGGUGCCAGGCAGGAAGUAUUCGGCGCGAGUGGCUCCGAAUCACCUGAACGUGUACCUGCACCUGGCGAGCAUCAUCCGUACCAACGAGUCCCGCCUGCAGGAGGCCGACUCGCUGUACCGCCAGGCCAUCGCCAUGCGGCCUGACUUCACGCAGGCCUACAUCAGCCGUGGGGAGCUGCUGCUGAAGAUGCAGCGGCUGCCGGAGGCGCGCGCGGCGUACGAGAAGGCCGUGGCGCUGGACGGGGACAACGCCGACCUCUGGUACAACCUGGCCAUUGUGCACAUCGAGCUGCGGCAGCCGCGCGACGCCCUCGCCCACUUUGAGCGUGCGCUCGCCCUCAAGCCAGCGCACCGCCUCGCGCUCUUCAACUCCGCCCUGCUCAUCCAGGAGACUGGUGCCAGCGAGCUGCUGGAGGAGGCUCACGGGCGGCUCCUGCGCUACGCCGAACUGGAGCCGUCCGACGAGAAGGCCUACUUCAACCUUGGCAUGGUGGCCACCGACAUGGGGCGCGCAGACGAGGCGGAGCGCUGGCUCCGGCGCGCCGUCGCCCUGCGGCCCGACUUCCGCGGCGCGCUCUUCAACCUCGCGCUGCUGCUGGUGCAGUCGCGGCACGAGCUGGACGCGCUGCCUGUGCUCGAGCAGCUGCUGGAGCACCACCCGCAGCACGCCAAGGCGCUGGUGCUGCAGGGCGACGUGCUGCUGAACCGGCGGGGCGACGCGGCCGGCGCCAGGCGCGCCUUCCAGCGGGCGCUGGCCGCCGAGCCAGGCAACUCGCAGGCCAAGCACAACCUGUGCGUGGUGAUGUUCGAGGAGGGCGAGCUAGCACGUGCACACGACUGCCUGCGCGAGGCGCUGGCCAUGGCGCCUGGCGAGGAGUACAUCCGGCGUCACCUCGCCGUCGUGGCUGCAAAGCUCCCGAGCACGAGCGGCAGCAGCAGCAGCAGCAGCACCAACAGCAGAAUCAGCAGCAGAACCAGCAAGAGCAACAGCAGCAUCAGCAGCAGGAGGAGGUGCGCAUUCAGCAGCAACAACAGAAUCGACAAAAACUGCCGAACCAGCGAGAGCAGGAGCAGGAUGAUUACGUAGAGCAGCAUAGGGAGAGUCAUCAGCAGCAGCAGCAGAGUAGUGAUGACGUCGGAGAGGAACCGUCGGUGAUGAGGCGUCACCGACGAGAUAGUGAUAGCCUGAGCCCACAGGCAGAGAAUGAUGGGAGGAAGCUCAA